AUGCGCUUCCUCGCUCUCUUGCUCGCACUCUGCGCGCUUGUCGCCGUCACCGUCUGCCUCGCUCAAACGUUUGAAGCCGUGAACGAGUCUGGCACGACGUCGCUCGUUCGCCAAGGACUGCACCGUCUCGCCAGGAGCGAAGGCGCUUCGCUUGCUGCCUCGUCGGACCAGGCUGCGACGGCGCAGGAGAAACAGCUUGUCGAGGCCGUCCCCUCGUCGGCGUCGAGGAAGCGCAAGCGCUGCUACUACAUCGGGACGUUUUUCCACCGCAUCGACUGCAACGCUCCCGCCAACUCGACCUCCAUCCCCUACUCGCACGCUCCUGAGCCCACGGCUGAAGAGGUCUGA